UGUUGGUGACUUAGGCCGACUUUGAGGUGGCACUCCGCCGUGUCUCAACCACCACCAUGGAUCCUCCUGCUCCUCCUUCUACUCGUUCCCGGGUUCUUGAGAUUAACCUCGUUUCAGCCGAAGACCUUACUCCGGUCUCCAAAAACAUGAAAACCUAUGCGGUGGUUUGGGUCAAACCCGACGAGAAGCUUUCCACCGGAGUUGACCAGAAAGGCGGAACUGACCCCAUUUGGAACGACCGUUUCACGUUCAAAGUCGACCAGAAGUUCUUAAACUCCGAGGAUGCGACGAUCGCCGUUGAGAUCUACGCCGCGGCGUGGGUUAAAGAUGCUUUGGUUGGAUCCGUUAAUGUUUUGAUUAACGAUAUUUUCCACUUGCGAUCCGUUGCCGACGCCAAAAGCAAUGACUCCGCCAGGAGAACCGUCACGCUUCAAAUCCGCCGCCCCUCUGGCCGCCCUCAAGGGAUUCUUAAAAUGGAGGUUGCCCUCGUUGAUAGUUCAAUGCGAAGCACCCCUCAGGUAGAAGACCAAAAGCCAGAACCAACAAUCCACGGCGGCUGCGGCAGUGUCCAUGAGAAUCAUGAGACAAAUGCCAACAUAAGCUCCGAGUUAACAACGGAGGAAAACUACAAGAAAAGGCCUCAAGGUUCCAUUGUUAAUUGCGGUUCAGGUUCCAGUGGUUCCGAGGUUAAAUGCAAUGGCGGAAGCAUGGUGAACGGUGACUCGCUUUGUAACUCCGACGUCGGACCUUCAGCUUCGGUUGUGGCGGCAGCCAUUGCCAAAGGGUUGUAUCAACCGCCGGGAAACAACCAACCGGAGACAAAAGAAACGAGUAAGAUAUCGGAAUGGACUAAGAAAGAAAGGGAAGAAGAACUAUCGAAGAAAUUAGAGAGGUGGCGGUCGGAAAUCCCACCUCAGGCCGUGAAAUCGAGGAGGAGAUCGAGGAAGAAAAGAAGCGGUGGUGGUAUCAAAUUGUUUUCAUGUUUCGGUAAUACUUUCCAAUUCGAAAUAUCGAUUAAUUUUGGAAGUAAGAAGAAACGUAGCAAUGGAAACAAUGGAAGUGGCGAUGGCAACAAUAAUAAAAUCUGCCAUUUGGGCUCUAUAAAUGAUAACAAUACCAAAUCUGUUGCUUGAAAUUUCUCUGAAAAGAUUUUAAUUCAGCUAUUACAUAUAUAUAUAUAUAUAUGAGAACAACAGAUUAUGAUUUUUUUAAUUUUAUACUGUAAAGAAAAAAAAAUCAUCAACUCCAGUAUAUAUAAUGUUUAUAUAUAUGUAUAGAUUAUCAAAAAAAAGAAGCCUCGAAA